AUGAGUCGCGUGCAGUCGUCUUCUCACGCAGUUUCUUCUGAUGCUGUUGCUGGGGCUGCUACUACUACUACUACUACUACUGAUACUGAUCGUUGCUUAGUUAGUGGCAGUUGGGUUGUUGGGGGGCGAUCGGUUGGUUGGUCGGUCGAUUGCGCGCUUACAUGCUGCUUACCGUGCUUAUUCUGUGAUUUCCUCCAUUCUUCUUCCUUCCAUUGCUGGAUCGGUGAAUUCCUGGAACUAUUGUUCAAUAACAGUCUAUGCCUUACAGAAGUCACUUCUGGUGUCCGGUGUACUGUUACUGAGUUCUGGCCAGAUAUUGUUUUGUAG